AUGUUCGUCAUUGUCACUGCGACCAAGGACCAGGGACAUGCCGACAGAAGGGACUGGGGUCAAGGGUCAAGGAGCAUGACAACCGCCGUCCUUGCCUGA